UUCGGUCCACAAUUUCCUUUUUGACAUAUUCUGUUCUUUCCCCCAAGACCACCACCUUCCCGGUCCGCGAGCCUCAUCCUCUCUCUCACGCCCGCCACCGUAUUCUCGCCGCGCCGCCGUGCUACCUGGCCGUUGGCCGGAGCUGUUUUUCUCGUCGACAAGCUGCGAAAACCUAUAUGUGAACAUCACGCCAUCAGGAUCAUCGAAUUUCCUGGAAUUUUAACCUUAGGUUGUUAUUUGUGUUUGUUCAGCAUAUGAGCUGAAUUCCAAAGCAUGGGUCUAGAAUUAGGGGUCAACAAAGGAUCAGAAGCUGUCUCUGAGGCUUCUGCCUUGAAAGAGAGUGGAGCUGCUAGUAAAGAACUAGAGGUUAAUGAUAUUAAGUGUGAAAGCAACUGUGAGGAUUAUUCUGUCCUGGCUGAACAAAGAGACAAGGUCUAUGGAGCGGAGCUUGAGGAAGUUGAUAUACUUAAGGUUACAAAUUCUGGCUGCAAAGAGCUGGAUGAAUCAGAAUGUCAAUUCGUGACGGAGAGUUCGAGCUCCUUUGACAGCUCCACUUCUGCGACAGAAAAUGAUGCUGCAAUGAGUGAUGCUGAAAUUGUAUCAGGUUUUAAUGGACAUUAUGCAUCUGGAGAACCACAUAGUGGAUUGGGUAAUGAAUUCAGGAAAAGGAAGAAACUAGUAACCUCUCACUGGAGAAGAUUUGUACAGCCCCUCUCAUGGCGUAUUAAGUGGAUUGAAUUGCAAGUCAUGCAACUUCAGUUUCAAGCACGAAAGUAUGACAAGGAACUUGCGGGCUACAACCACCAAAAAUUUUUUCAGUUGGAGAGUGUGAGAACAGAAAGUUUUGGCUCAAAGUCACUUCCAUUUUCCAAUAACAGACCUAGAAGUAAGGUUCUAAAAAGAAAGAAAAGAAAAAGAGUCGAAGAUAGUGAGGACACAGCAGUAUAUAUGUCUCGCCACAAUUUGUUUUCUUACUAUGAACGUAAAAAACCUUUUGCUGAUGGUACUUCUCUUGAUGAUGACUGUGGCCCUACAGCAAUUCCCAUUGAAAAGGAAAAUGGCAAUAAUGGAUAUGGGGCCAACGAUGAACAUCAGUGGUUUGGGUCCAGAGAUGAACAUAAUUGCUCUGAACAAAUACUCCGCAAGAUUGGUGUUUUGCAAUCACAAGUUGGCCAGCUUAGAAGUAGAGUUGACAAGGUAUUGAGUGAAAAUGCAGGGAAGUUUUCUAGCACUGAAAACUUGAACUUGUUUUUACCCUGCAAUGCUUUGAGCAGUUCUUCUCGAAAUCCUUCAUCUCCAAAGAGUGGGGGCAAAAUGGCUGUAGGGUCUUCUCUAGCAUCUCAGCUUAUGAUUGCACCUCAAGGUGCCAUUUCAACUCGAGGAGAUGGUACAAGCAUCCCUGAUGUGAUUGAAAGUACAAGUCAAUCUCUUAUUGGUGGCAGCAUAAGCAAUGGUGAAGGUGACAUUCUAAUCGACAAUAAAAGGAUGAGUAAUCUAGAGGAGGUCAUGAUUCAUCAAGUAGAAAAAUCUUGCGUGCCAGAGGAAGGCCCGAGGGAGGCCCUUCCUCCCGCUGUUGGAGAACCUGAGCUGCCAGUAGAAGAUCAACCAGCUCCAAAAAUCCGUUCGCUUUCCAAGCUUUCUUCAUCCAAGAUCAAGAAGAAGACCCGGAGAAAGGCUCGAAGGUGGAGCCGCAGAUCCUCCACUUAGCUUUUUCUAUUCCACCCAUACAAGGAUCCUUCAAAUAUUUGUCCAUCCUUCUCUUUUCUGCAGGGAGCAUAGAAAAUUUUGUAUAUGCUGCUUGGAAAUGCAUGAUAUUCCUGAUGGACCUCAUACAUGCUACUCUCUAUGUCAUUUCUGUUUGAAUAUUUCAUAUGCUUGAUUGGUCCAUGUAGCAUUAUAGAUUUGAAAAGUGGCCAAUGCUUUCAUUAUAAAGGUUCUUAUUCCCAGUUUCUCACA